AUGGCUGAAAUUACAGCUAAGUCUGACGUGAUUAAAACAUGGUUGACUGCACUCGGGGAUAAGGAUGAUGUGAUCAGAAGAUAUGCAGCUCAAGCUCUCGGUAGAAUGGGUGAAAGUGCAGCUAAUUCUGAAGCGAUCGAAGCAUUAUUGACUGCACUUGGCGAUAUAAAUAGUGGUGAAGCACCAAAACAUAAAAGUAAAACAAAUGAACGGUUUGAACGACGUCUUUUAAAUCUUUUAUUGCAUCCACAUGAUGAUAUUCUUAUGCAACUAAAUAAUAUUGCACAUAAUAUUUGCUUAUAA